AUGGAGCUCAACCCAGAUCCCGCAGAUGAUCCCGUCCUUGUGCAGUAUCCACCGGUCAGCAAGGUGCCAGAGGGUGUAACUGUCCAGCUCCACUGUGCCUUGUAUAACGCCAGUGUCAAUGUCACCGAUGUACACUGGUACCACCAGCGACCUGGGAACAAGAGCGAGUGGGCGUUGAGUCACUUUGUGAAUGACUCGGUGAGCAGGUCCGGGGGUAUCUCUGACCGUUUUCAGUCUCACAGGAAUGGCGUGAAUAACAGUUACAUUCUGACCAUCAGCAACACAUCUAUUAGUGACACUGCAGUGUACAACUGCAGUGUGUGGAAUUACAUCUACGGAGGAGGAACACAGCUCAAUGUAACUGAUGCCAAUCCUCCAGUUCUCAUCCAGUCCCCAAGCCAGGAGCACGUCACCGAGGGGCAAUCGGCACGGUUAUGGUGCGCCAUGAAGAACGCCAGAGUGGGAAACACUGAUGUCCACUGGUGUCGGAGACGACCUGGGCAGGACAUGGAGUGGGUCUUAACGCACGAGGCAGGAGAGAGCAUACGAGGGAGACCAGGUUUCACUGAGAGGUUCCAGCCCUCCAGGGACUCCUCCAACAGCAGUUUCAUCCUGAUGGUCACAAAGGUCGAGGUCAAUGACUCUGCCGACUAUUACUGCAGAGUGUGGGGAGACAUCAGUGGGAGCGGAACCCGGCUCACUGUCAUUAAGAUGUCCCGAGCCCCAUCGUACCUGGCCUGGAUCAUUGUGGCUGUCGUGCUGGGAGUUCUCGCUGUCACUGGAGGCAUUUUCCUCAUCAGACGCAGAGCGUUUAGAAACCACCCGUCCCACCCACCCACAGCAACUGGUCACCAGAGCCCAGGGGCAGAUUAUGAAAAUGCUUCAGUGGCCAGGGGUGUCCUGGUUUCAGGAGGUCACCAGGGGGUCGAUUCAAACAACACCUACAUGGCUCUGCAACGUCCCACUCAGUCCAUCUACGGUCAUCUCCAAGGUCAGUACGAUAUGGAGAGUGAGCUGCUGCCCGUGCAGCUGUCUCCCCGUCUCCACACAGGCCUCACCAAGCAGGCGGCUACAGUGGCAGCCCGCUGGUCAUGUGUUGGCACAGUGACAGGAAACUUGGAGAAUGCAUCUGUCAAAACCAGCACAUUCUCCUGCCCUUCAAGCACUGUGAAGUCCAUUGCCACCACGUCCAAUGGCCUGGAUGCCAAUGAACUGCCCAUUGCUGUUACUACUUUGGGUUGCAGGGCUUUAGACACAGUGCAUCUCUCACAGGACCAGCAGAACUCCUCACCAUCACGAUUCGUGUCCGACCAGUAA